GGUACUUUCUCUUCCCGAGUUCACGAGUCGAACUGAAGCUCUGGGGCGACAAUUCGCUACCGUAACGACCGUCUGCACCUCCUUGGAAUACAACUGGAUGAUAUCGCGUUCACGAUUAACGAUUUACACUGAUCGAAACUAUGUUAAAAAAACGUUUGAUUCUAUUAUUCUUAUAGAGACAUCUUGCUUAUUUCUUUCGAGUAACAGAGAUUUUCAACGGAAACGCGAGUCAAAAUGACUGAACUACUUUUAGAAGUCGUUACUGGAAUUUGUGAACUUGCUAGUCGCGUCAGAAACGGGUUUUGGUGCUUCGCCCUUUAACGAUUUUUGUUCCUCUUUUGUGACUGACACAUUCUCCCUCCCCUCUCUUUCCCCGCGGACACAGACACUACGCUUUUGUGCCCCGGAGCUAAAGCUAAACGGGCCAGGAAAACGGUCAUGUGAUAGGUGUGGCAGAGGGUGGGAAAGUUGUCUCCUGCCUCACCUGUGUGUGUGUGUGUGUGUGUGUGUGUGUGUGUGUGUGUGUGUGUGUGUGUGUGCGUAAUAUGAGAAAUGGGUUGCGCCCAGAGUUGUAUGACACACACAGCGGCGCAUCAGUCAUUAAACGCUGAUUUUUCGAUGAGGGCGCAGGACGGAUUCGUUCAUUCAGACUCACGUUUUUUUUAAACUGAGAAACACGCGGAGUAUUCUUGGAGACAAAAUGACCGUUGAACUUUUUAUUAUUGAUUAGUUAGUUUGGGAGAUUAUAUCGGUUAGUCGUGUCUCGCGAUCAUGGCUCUGUCUCAGCUCCAGUGUUUGGACGAGAACCACGUCAACUGGCGCGUGAGCGAGAGCAAACCGGAGUUCUUCUACAGCGAGGACCAGCGGCUAGCGCUCGAGGAACUCAUUUCCCUGGGACGCGAGGCCUUUACCGAAUACCUCAGCAAACACGGCAUCCGCGAGUUCCUCUCUGAACCAGAGGUGGAGAGGCUCGCGCGCACGGCAGAGGCCUACCAGCCCGGUAGUGACAAUCAGAGGGCUGAAACGGGAGCAGGACCGGGAGAUGACGGGGGCGAUGGCGCUGUCUCAUUACAAUACUGGCCCGACCGUUCGGAGAAUUCUAUACCGGACCUGGACUUGGGUUGGCCCGACGCGAUCUCGUACCGGGGAGUGACAAGGGUCCAUGUGCACACGCAGCCGCCCAUGGACGGAAACAUUCACAUCAAAGAGGUGGUGCGCAAAGCUAUUGGGCAGGCUCAGAAGGUCAUAGCGGUGGUGAUGGAUGUGUUUACAGAUGUGGACAUCUUCAGAGACCUGCUGGAUGCGUGCUACAAGCGCAGGGUGGCAGUGUACAUCAUCCUGGACUCUGCUGCUGUACCCUGCUUCCUGCUCAUGUGUGACCGGGCUGGCAUGCACACAGGACACCUGAAGAACCUGCGCGUGCGCUGCAAUGGAGGGGUGGAUUUCUACUCUCGCUCUGCCCAGAAGGUCCGCGGCUCUCUCAGCCAGAGGUUCCUGUUCCUGGAUGGAGACAAGGCCAUCUCUGGCUCCUACAGCUUCACGUGGUCUUCGUCCCGGUUGGACCGCCAGCUCGUCACGGCGAUGAGCGGCCAGGCGGUGGAGGCGUUCGACAAGCUGUUCCGUGACCUCUACCUGACCUCCAGGAGCGUAUCUCUUUCCAAGGUGCAGCUGGGGGAGAAGCCUGCCCCUGAGCCUGCCCUCUCCGCCCCCACCCCUCCCCCACCCUUGGCAACCGUCGCCAGGAAACUCAUCAACCCCAAGUACGCCUUGGUUACAGCCCACGCCAACGCUAGCCCCGCCUCCUCCGGCAACCUCAGCAGCAACAAGAACUCCACCUCCCAGAAUGCAGUGGGGCUCCUGGUCAAGGGGCGUGUCCGGGAGCCUGUGGAGGCCCCGCCCCUCCAUCCCGGCCUGGCAAAUCUGGAGAAAGCGUACCUGGUGGCGUACCUGCCCACCUGGCCGGAGCCCGACCCCGCUGGGGAUGUUAUCGGGUUCAUAAAUGUGCGCGGGGGAUCACGGCCCCUCCAGGCUCACCUGCAGAGAUCCCAGCAGUUUGAGACGAGUCAAGCCGUACGCUUCAGUUCCCCCUUCAGCCCCCCCGCCCCCCCAGAGCUGCCUGAAGUAGCCCUGCCCCGCACACACACCGCCACACACACCGCUGACACACACACUGCUAAUACACCCACCCCCCCCGCCCCCCCAGAGCUGCCUGAAGUAGCCCUGCCCCGCACACACACUGCCACACACACCGCUGCCACACACACUACAGAUAAACACACCUCUCCAGACACACACACUACAGAUAAACACACCUCUCCAGACACACACACUACAGAUAAACACACCUCUCCAGACACACACACUACAGAUAAACACACCUCUCCAGACACACACACUACAGAUACACCUACACACACAGAGUCUGACACACACACCGCCAGCCCACAAGCCCCUCCCAUCCCCAAACCACGCACAAUGCAGUUGCUCAUAAGCCCCGCCUCCUCCCUGCUGCGUGGCCAACCACAAGUCGCUGUGGUCCCUAGGCCCGACAGCCAAUCAGGAUCACCGCCUGCCUCAAUCAGGCAAUCAGGGUCAAACCCUGCCUCAGUCAGCCAAUCAGGAUCACAGCCUGCCUCAGUCAGCCAAUCAGGAUCACAGCCUGCCUCAGUCAGCCAAUCAGGGUCAAAGCCUGCAUCAGUCAGCCAAUCAGGAUCACAGCCUGCCUCAGUCUGCCAAUUACCAGCCCAGAAGCUCCCCGACAGACAUGGUGGGCUCCAUGACAGCGAUGAUGCCAGCAGCACCAGGGUCCUGUGUGACCAGACCGUCACCAGCGCCUCCACCGUCUCCACGGCGUCAGAAGAGUACUAUGAGUGCAACGAAUCAGAGCCCAGCGAGGAGGCCUCUCACGGGGUCACCACGGGGUCGGGGCGGGACCGGCUGGGUCAUCGCCACGGAGACGGGGUCAACAUGAUGGCACGCUUCUCCCAGAGCAUGCUGGACCUGCGUCCUCAGAGACAAUCAGACAACCUAUCACAACAGAGGACCGGCCAGACUCGCCCACUGCAGUACAGGCACAUAGGACAGUUGUUCCAGAGCUCCAGGUCUCCAGGAAGGGACGGCAGGUCGAGGGGCGGAGCCAAGGUGGUCAUUGCCAAACCAGGAAGCUUUCACCGCCCCCUCAGAGCAGCAGGCCCUGUUAUUGGUGGACACCGCUACUGGCAGGGCCAAUCCCUGCAGACGGACCGUGGAUGGUUGCCCCUGGAUACGCGCGGCAGCCGGUCGCCAGGCCGACACAGCCCCGCCUCUAAGAGGAGUGGUCUCUCCUCUGGCCACACAUCCCCAGCGCGCCCAGCGAAUCAGACGGCCCUGCAGGGCUGGUCCUUUUCUAAACUGACCAAUCUGAAGCACCUGAGGGGGCGGGACCAGGGCGGUGCCUCUUUGAAGAAGACGUCACUAGGCAACAAGGAUGCCAGCUAGCGUUGGCUGGAAGGUUGCUGAGCAACAGUGUUGUGGUGUUAAAUCUGAAUGUGAUUUUGUUGGGGCGUUGCUAUGGCAUCAAUAUGGCGUCGAUAAGACGUUAUUGGUGAAUUUGUAUAAUAAUAAUGUGUUCAUCUAGCAAAUGCUUUUAGCAAAAGCAUUGCACGGGAGGGAUUUGAACCUACAACUUCUAGAUUUGAAGUCCAAUGCUCUACCCUCUGAACUCUCAUGUCUUUGGUGUCAGUUUGAGUUUUCUUGCUGAUAGAUGUCCCUCCCAGGCUACUGUACUGGCCGCUGACAAUGAUUGGCUCCUGGUAAUAUGGGGGCGGGGCUUACAUGUUGAUCUGACAAAAGGUUGCUGAAUAAAAUGACUUUAUUGUAUACCCA